CAUGAUGUGGUAUAAAGGCGGCCUCAGCUGGAUGGAGAAGUCGAUUUGCCAGCAACCUAUCCACGCCCAUCCUCAUCGUCAUGAUCGCGUCCGCCCUCCUCCAGCUCACUGUCCUCGCCACUGCUGCCUUUGCCGCUCCCGUCCAGGAGCUCAAGGAGCGUGCCGGCUGCUCUGCUUACACCAUCAUCGACACCCGUGGUACGGGCGAGCUCCAAGGCCCCUCCGCCGGGUUCCGCACCAUGAACUCGCAGAUCCUCUCGGCCAUCCCAGGUGGCAAGGAGUACGACACCGUCUACCUUGCUGACUUCUCCCAGAACUCGGCGAUGGGCACCACCAACAUCGUCAACCAAGUCCAGAACACGCUCCGCUCGGACCCUUCGCACUGCUUCUUCCUCGAGGGCUACUCGCAGGGAGCUGCCGCUACCGUGGACGCCCUUCCCAAGCUCACCGGCGCCAACUUCGACGCAGUCAAGGGCGUCUUCCUCAUCGGCAACCCGCGCCACAAGCCCAAUCUCGCCUGCAACGUCGAUGCUUCCGGUGGCAAGACAACCGCUGGCGCCUCGGGACUGGCAGUCAUGCUCCAGACGAUUCCGGACAACUGGGUCAGCAAGACCAAGGACGUCUGCCUCGUUGGUGACGGAGUAUGCUUCACAGCCAGCGGCUUCGGGAUUACGCCGACGCACCUGACGUACCCAGGUAACUCGCAGGUCCAGACCAUGGGUGUGGCCUUUGCGAAGCAGGUGUUGCAGGGCUCGUAG